CCCCGAAAAGUCUCUCCACUUUUCAGUCGUCUUUAAUUAAUUUUAGUUUAAAAAUAUAAUUAACUCGUACCUUAAAUAAAUCGAUAAGUCAUAAGUGCUCAAUCAUCAGUCUUCCUAUCUUCGUCGGGUCGACUUCUUCUAGUCCGUUCAUCUUAUCAUUAGCGAGUGACUGAAGAAUUAAAAAUGGGCACCAGCACCGAAACUACUAUGGAUCCCGACGAGAGAGAAGAAAAAGAUAAGCGUGUUGCAGAAGUGAUAAGCAUGGAGGAAGGAGAAGAAGGGAAUAUAAGUAGUGUAUCUCCUCCUCCACCACCUACGUCGCCUCCUUCUCCAACACCUCCUCCUCCUCCGCCUGUCGAAAAAGGGGGCGAAGAAUGGAACGUGUGUUCAACAAGCUCUUAUUUUUCUUCGUCUUGUGAAGAUGAUGACGACGAUGAUGACGAUGACGUCGACGAGGAUGAUCUCGAGGUCGGGUCGGGGGAGGAAGAGUCACGAGAAGGCCUUGAGUCACGGCCGGGUGAGGGAGAAUCUGGUGAUAUUGGGGAUGAAGAAAUUGAUGAGCUAUUAGAAGAGGGUUUGCCUAAAACUAAGCGAGUCGCACCGAAAAAGACUAAAAAGAUGAGGACUGACGGCCACGGAGGUGAAAAUGAAUUUGAUGAAUUCAAUGAAAAGAAGAUCAUCAUUUUGGAAGAAUUUACACAAAAUUCUUUAGAAGUUCUUCCAGCGGAUUGGAUCGAGGUUCGCCAUUCGAGUGGGAUGCCUCUCUAUUUGCACCGGACGACCCGAGUCUGCACUUUAGCCAAACCUUACUUCCUUGGGAGUGGAUCAGCUCGGCGACAUUCCAUACCUCUCAGUGCCAUCCCUUGCUUGGCUUAUCGGCGUCAAAAGGAGCAAGAAGAAAGCAAGCUGGCCGGCGCUCCUCUGCUCAAUGGGUUCGCUUUUGGAGGAGACGAUACCCGCAGUUCAACACCAAACGGCGACAUAACGACAGGACCUACUUUUCUUGCCGCGAAACGCAAAAUUCCAACAUGUACCAAUCCCGAUGAAACUUUGAAGAAGCUAAGGAUUGAACAAGAGGACGAAACUGACACCACCGGAUCAGGAAAUGUUGUCACUUCUGGUAAUAGUGGGGUCAAUCUGGACGAUGUAGUUAUUCCGUCUCCAGAUCGACAAUCACUACUCAUUUCGCGAGAAGAGACAACAAGCUCAUCCCCAGAUCCGACCUCCACUAGUUCCAGUAUUCAGUCUGUAGAGACUGCGUCACCAGCUUGCGGUAGGACGCUCAAGGCGAAAAUUUGCCCCAUCGCGAUCACCACUACGUCACCAAGUCCUACUGUGACGAAAGGUCUGCCCGUGGCCACGGUGGCGACAGCCAAGGAAAAUCAUGCCAUGCACUCUUUAACGCCGGAAGGGGUCAGGGAAUAUUGCAAGGCGAUUUUCAAAUUUAAAGUCGUGACGAGCAAACGGUUCAAGUCAUGGGGUGCGCGUCGUCGCUAUACGAAAGAGCAGAAACGGAUUCAACUUCAGAGACCAUCCAUGCCGGAUGGAGUGAAGCUUAUAUCGUUCCCAAUCCACAAUAACGGACCUAACGAUGAGGGUAAAACUACUAAGGAAUACAUAAUGAACCCCCAAGGGAAAAGUUCCGUGUGCAUCCUCCACGAGUAUGUACAACACGCAUUGAGGAAGCAGCCCACCUACAUUUUCCGUGAACUGGAGAACGCCGCCACUCCUUACUCUGCAACCGUCGUUAUUAAUGAAAUGCAGUUCGGUACUGGGUACGGGUCGAGCAAGAAGCAGGCGAAGGCAGAAGCAGCCAAGACGGCCCUGGAAAUCCUCAUCCCCCAGAUGAGGGAACAGCUCAAUGGCGAAAAGAACGACCAGAGUGAAGAUUUUGACUUUCACCAGGUAUUCGAACCGUAUGGAUUGAAGCAUACCGGAAUUGCCAGUAUGUGCAAAGGUUUCGGGCAACCUGCCCCCUACGGCCUCCUCCUCAUCUGUCUUCAACGCAACUUUGGCCAAGAAAUGAGUAACAGCGUCAAGUUCGAAAUGAUAUCGCCUGGCUCGCAAUCCAACAAGUUUCGCCUGACCGUGGGCGCCCACUCUGUCGAAGUGCAGGCGGCAAACAAGAAGGAGGGGAAGCAAGUCGCAUCUCAAGAACUGCUUUCGCUCCUACACCCCAACAUUAACAACUUUGGCACGUUCUUGAAAAUGUACGGAAACAAUUCGAUCAAAAGUGUCAAAGUGAAAAAGCAGGAGGAGCAGCAAAUCACCGCUCUUCAAAGCAAAGCGUCUGCAAACUCUCCAAACUGGGAGAUUCUCAAAAAAUUGAAGACGGAAAUGUUGAAACUGAAAUUGGAUCCUCUUCCUCCCUCAAUACGACCAUGGCCUUCCUGGGUGAAAGACAAUAAUGUAUCCACCCACUUCCACUCGCAAACCAAAAGUGGUGAUGGUUGUACUGAUGGAUCUUCGUCGUCUUCUACUUCUAAAGGAAAAGAAUCAACGCCAGCCGUCUCCACCACAGCCACGACCACUUCGGGUGGACGAAAUGGUGAAAAAAAGUCAAACAGAAAUAAUACGAAGAAGCAGAAGAACGAUCAUUCCACAAGGGAUAUUCCCAUCAAAGAGCAUUUAUUAGGGACCACUAAUUAAUUAAUUAUGUUUUGAACAUACAAAAUGGAAGGAAAAUGCAAUGCUAAACCAUCCUUACCCUUCCGCUACGUAAAUAUGCCAUAUGCAUUUAAUGAGUGAUCCCUUAAGAAGAGGAAAAUAAGCGGCUUAAUAUUCUAGUGAUUUAAUAUUGCCUUCAAGUCAUCCACUAUUACUCUUGAGUCUUAUUCAUCUUAAUGUUUUUUUAAGUUUUGUGGCCAGGUGGAUAAAUUAUAAUAAAAUAUAAUGUGAUAGUCUAGUUUAGUUAUGGGCAGCGGAAGUAAUCAAUAGUUAAAUAUUUAAUUAUUUAGGAAUGUUGCAAUUGCAAAAGACAAGUUGGAUGGUAAUUGUUGUCAAUCAGCAAUUUCAGAAAGAGCUGGGAAAUUAUCUCGUAAAAAGUUUGAACAAUAUUAACAAUAAUAUUAUUAUGUCUAUUUCACAUUCGCAUCAUGUAUUUGUUACGAUAAUUCGUUUAUAAACAAAUUCCAUUUGUUGCACAA